AUGUCGACUGUUGGGUUAAUUAUACUGCUCCUCAUCGCUCAGGUUUUCUCGUCAGAGCUCCCCACUAUCUCCCUCCUGCAGAAUUCGUCCUCGUCCCCGGUCACCUGCCACGCCUCAGGUUUCUACCCCAACAGUGCCAUGCUGUUCUGGACUAAAGAUGGACACGAGCUCUAUGAGGGCGUGGACCCCGGGGAGAUCCUGCCCAACCACGACGGGACCUUCCAGAAGAGUGUGGAGCUGGACGUGUCCUCGGUCCCACUUGGAGACUGGGGCAGGUACAACUGUGUGUUCAGGUUUAGUGAUGAUGCAGGAAAGAGCAUCAGCAUUAAACUGGACCGAGACGUGAUCAAGUCCAAACCUCGUAAGCCACAGAAAAGCACAUAA